AUGGUGUAUUUAUUGGAUAUGAAGAAGCCAAUUGCAAUUCAUUUAUCGGAUAGUACACUGUAUUUCAUUGAUUUCGAUUCCGUACUCCAAUUCUCAUCUAGUUUUUGUAAAACAUCAUUCUGUUUCCCCUGCGCGUUAUUUGUAAGACGAUCCAUUGGCAUGUGUUAUGUCAGGUACGCAUAUCAUCGAGACAGAAGCAUGUCUGUGCGAAAAUUUAUCACAGAAUGUCAAAGCGCUGGCUUUGACAUUCUGUGA